CGCCGCCGCCGCCCCGCGGGAUGCUCUGAGCGAGCCAGCCGGCCUGGAGCUGGGGCAGCCGCCGCCGCCCCUUCAGGUGUGAAUGACAGAGGAGGUGCCUCCGACUGCACUGACUGAGAUAUACCUCCGUCUCCUGUGCCAUGAUGACAUAGACACAGUCAAACAGCUCUGUGGCGAUUGGUUCCCAAUAGAGUACCCUGACUCAUGGUAUCGGGAUAUCACCUCCAACAAGAAGUUUUUUUCCCUGGCGGCCACUUACCGAGGCACGAUUGUGGGAAUGAUAGUCGCUGAGAUCAAGAGUCGAACAAAAGUGCACAAAGAGGAUGGUGACAUUUUAGCAUCCGGGUUCCCGGUUGAUACUCAGGUUGCUUACAUUUUAAGCCUCGGAGUGGUGAAGGAAUUCCGAAAGCAUGGCAUAGGUUCUCUCUUACUUGAAAGCUUGAAAGAUCACAUAUCGACGACUGCCCAGGACCACUGCAAAGCCAUCUACCUGCAUGUCCUCACCACUAACAACACUGCAAUAAACUUUUAUGAGAACAGGGACUUUAAACAGCACCAUUACCUGCCCUAUUACUAUUCCAUAAGAGGCGUCCUCAAAGAUGGCUUCACGUACGUUCUCUACAUCAACGGUGGGCAUCCUCCGUGGACAAUUUUCGACUACCUUCAGCACAUCGGUUCGACCUUGGCCCAUCUGAGCCCCUGUACGAUUCCCCAGCGGAUCUACCGCCAAGCCCACAGCCUCCUCUGCAGCCUCUUGCCAUGGUCGGGCAUCUCAGCCAAGAGCGGCAUUGAAUACAGCCGGACCAUGUGAUUCUAAGGCCGGCCCUUCUGACGCCGCUGCAGUUGUACAGCUCCACGGUGAUGACACCGGCGAUGGCACCACAUGCUCAGCGCCCCUCCUGACCCA